AUGGCAAGUAAACAAAUCAACCUUUUGGAAGAGGGCAAAGAAACCAUCAAUGAACGGCGCGCCCGUGCCGCCGCGGAGGAAGAGGCGGCCAAGGCGGCAGCGGCCGAGGCUCUGUUGGCCAAGGAGCGCAACGAGUUCCUGGCGCCCAUCAAGGCCAAGCUGGAGGCCAGCAGCAGCCCCCGGCCCAACCCUGCCGUGGCGCCCGCGGCCGAGUCGACGGCCAAGGAUGCGCCGGGCGCCGCGACGUCGUACCACGACAUGGAGCAGCCGCUCGAGUUCAGCCGCGACUCGUCGCACAAGGCCGUGCUGCUGGUGACGACGCCCAUCGAGUUUGGCCCCAUCGAGCUGAGCAAGCAGUCUUACCGCCUCCUGGCGCGGCACGUCGGCAUGAGCAUGGACAGCAUCUGCCACUGGGCGUUGUGCGUCAUUGACCGUGGAGUCGGCAAGAGCUGGGCGUAUGACCUCAUGAGCGACCGUCUAGAGCUCAACAUGAUCGGCAAGAACGUUUUUCGUAUCAACGAGGUCACGCCAGAGUAUGUGCAGACGUGGAGCUCGGCAUACUACGUCGGCGAGACCACAAAGUCUCACGAAGAGGUCAAGAUGCUCGGAGAGACCCACAUGGCCCUGAAUCCAAAGUACAGCCUCCUCGAGAGUAACUGUCAGCACCUGGCCGAGACUUUGAUGAAGGCACUGUGCGACGGGAGGAUCGUGAGCCAGCACAAGCUGGAUGAGGAGCUCAAAAUGGUGUCGCCCAAGAUGGCCAUGGACAUGAUGAUGAACAAACUGGAUUUUAGACUUGACGGCCCAGAUUCCAAGGGGGCCGAGCACAGCGAUGAAGUCAAGAACGAGGUUAAUAUAAUCGGGGAGCUGUGGGGAAGGGUGAAGAAGUACCGCAAGGAUGAGAAGAGUGAGGAGAAGAAAUGA